AUGGGGGCCCCUGAGAGUCUGUCCACCACGUUGCCUUACAACCAGCACCAGGGCAGAGAGCAGUCAUGGGAAGCUAAGUCCAGUGAGACUGGCCCAGGCCAUGGCGUACCUCAGGACUUCUGCAUUUUCCCCGGGGAUAAAGGAGCAGGGGUCCUCCUCUGGUCCCUUCAGGAGGACUUCCUGAAGGAGGUGUGGCAAUGCAGUGGGAGAAUCAAGGUCUUGCCUUGUUCCCGGGUUGCCCACCUGGAGAGACACCACAAGCCCUACUCCUUGGACCUGAGUAUUCUCUUGAAGCAUAAUGCCCUGAGAGUAGCUGAAAGCUGGAUGGAUGAGUACAAAGACAUGGUCUACAUGGCCUGGAACAUACCUCUCCAGAGCUCUGGAAUCGAUUUUGGAGACGUUUCUCCCAGAAUGGCAUUCCAGAAGAAACUGAAAUGCAAAACUUUUGACUGGUAUCUGAAAAAUGUUUAUCCAGUCCUGAAGCCAGUCCACAGCACUGCGGGCUACGGAAGAAUGAAAAACCCAUUGGAUGAAAGUGUCUGCUUGGACCAGGGAGCUAUUCCAGGCAAGCCGAUCAUGUAUUACCUCCAUCGGUACAGUUCCCAGAAUGUCUACUACCACCUAACUGGGGAAGUCUAUGUGGGACCACUGAUUGCUGAGACAGACAUUGAUGACUGCUGCCUGACACACCCUGGCAAAGGGGAGAAACCUACUUUACAGACAUGUUCUAAGGCAGUCAAAAAUAGACUGCACAUACACUGGGAUUUUAAACCGGGAAGAGCCGUCCUAAACAGAACCACCGAACGGUGUCUGGAGACAAAGAGGUGCACUUCAGGCGGCUACAUGUUUGCUCUGCAGACCUGCACCACACACGUGUGGACGCUCCAGUACACGGUCGGAAACUGGGGGUCAAACAACGCCCAGGGAUCCUCAGAGAGCCUGGGUGUCUUUCAGUGGCAGAUCAAGACCCACUCCACUCCUCCCCACACCCACAUUCCCCGAAUGGACCUGGGUCCUAGUCAUGGUGCCACCAUUGACGAGCUGCGGGACCUGCAGCGGCUCAAGUAA